GAAUUGAGUUAUUUGAACCAAAACUUGUUGUAUCCAUUCUUUUAGGUAAACUACUAGCACUAGAGGUUAAAGCCAUUAUUGUAAUGAGACUAUUAAAUACUAACGCAAAAAAGAGAAAGCAAAAACAAAUGGAUGAAAUAAUU